AUGACCUUACCAACCAGUCUCGAGGCUCAAGUUGAAAACUUUAUUACACGAUUGAAACGACGUCAAGUCAUUGGCUCGUAUGAAGUCGCCAAAGAAACAGCUGUCAUCCUUCGACAAGUCGUGUCCAUGAGCAGGUGGCGUGAUGCCGAUACGUUGGUGGAUAUCAUUCGUGAUUUAGGUGGACGAUUGACUGCAGCACAACCUAAAGAGCUGGCAGUAGGCAACAUCGUACGUCGUGUACUCAAGGUGAUUCGUGAAGUGGCGCGUGGAGAAUUGGAGACGCAUGAUAUGAUGGAAGAAGAUGAGCACGACGAGUCGGGUUCGGAUGAGGAUGUUGUGGAUGAUAAUGAUGAGCCCUCCAGUGUCAAGGAUAUAUCAGCAACCAGCAGCCAAGUAGGAUCCAUUGGUGAACGACCUCAAAUCAUGAUGCAAUCAUCCAUGUUUCGACUCUUGGCAGCAGACGUCCCUGAGGAUGCCAGUGAAACACCUGAAAAGAAAGCAUACACAUUAAAACCUCUCAUCAUCCAAGAAAUCAACGAAGAAAUCAUUGCCGACCUGGAGACUGUAUACAAAGGCAUUGCUGAUCAAGCUGUGGAUUAUAUUCAUGCAAAUGAAGUGAUCAUGACCAUUGGCAAAUCACGCACCGUCGAAGAAUUCUUGAUCCGUGCAGCACAAAAACGAAAAUUCCAAGUCAUUGUAGCCGAAACUGCACCUACAUAUCAAGGCCAUGAUAUGGCAGCAGCAUUAUCAAAAGCGGGCAUUGAUACCACCGUCAUUGUCGAUUCAGCCAUCUUUGCAGCCAUGCCACGUGUCAACAAAGUGGUGCUUGGAUCCCAUGCAGUAUUGGCCAAUGGUGCCCUUGUGGCGGUGACAGGAUCACAAUUAUUAGCUGCUGCAGCCAAACAUCAUGCUACCCCCGUGUUGGUUUGCACUGCCUUGUACAAGUUAUCACCUGUGUUUGCAUACGACGCUGAAACCUUCAACAUUACUGUGGCUCCCAACAGCGUUCUUGAUUUCCAACAAGGUCCUAUCAUUGACAAGGUUUCUGUAUCCAAUCCAUACUACGAUUACGUUGCUCCUGAGCUGGUUAGCUUGUUUGUUCACAAUCUUGGUUCGGCACCACCCACCUAUGUAUAUCGACUUAUCAAUGAUAACUAUGAUCCUGAAGAUACUACUCUGUAA